AUGUCUCCUUCAACCAACACCGUCCCAACAGGACCUAUCCUCGCCGCCCCUCCUCCAUGGAACACCAAAGCAACCAUGUACCUGAUCCCCUUCUGGACCUCCUCCAAAACCGCAGCCAACCUCCCCCAAAAGGCCUACCACCCCUUGGAAUACCAGUCCUCAUUCUCCUCCCCCCAAGCAUCAGGCAAACCCCUCGGGGGUCUCAGCAUGGUCCAGAUAAUCCGCUACCACGAAACCCCCGUCGGCCCCUACGACGAACUCAUCCUCUGUCCCGGCACAUUCGAAUACCCCCUCCCAGACGACCAAGCCAGCUCAACCAAGAAGAAAACCGGCAAGGCCAUGAGGAUCACCCGAAUCUACGUCAGCCAGAAAUACACCUGUUCGAACGGCCGAAAGCGUUUGUUUCCCCACUACUCUGUUUUCUCAUGGACCAGUCUAACACCGCAUCACAGUCUGGAACCUCCCCAAACACCUUGCCAAAUUCACCUGGUCAACCCCCGACCCAUCCAACCCCAAUGUCCAAACCCUCCGAGUCUACCCCCACGACCACACUACUCCCUACGACCCAACUGA